UAACUUAAUAUAUUAAUAAUAAUUGUAAAAAACAUCACAACAAUGGAUAUGACAUAUUUUAUUCAUCGUUUAUUGCGUAUAAUAUUAGACUUAAUUAUUAAAUUAUUGGCACUAUUUAUGCCAUCACAUCAACGAUAUUUACCGGCGAUUACCGAUCGACUAUUGUUGGAACCGGCGGUCAAUUUAGUUAAACGGAUAAAAUCUGGACAUUUAAAAAGCGAAGAUCUAAUCAAUGCUUAUAUUAAUCGCAUCAAAUUAAUUCAGCCGCACGUCAAUGCAGUGGCCGAUCAAUGCUAUGAAAAUGCUAUUAAAGCGGCCAUCGAAGUGGACAAACGGGUCAGACAUGAAUUGGACGGCAAUUCACCGCUUACUGGUGUCUCCAUUCAUACGCAACCACUGUUGGGAAUCCCGUUUUCGGGUAAAGACGGCAUAUCUAUUAAAGGAAUGAAAUCGGUGUGCGGUUUGGUUGCCCGCAAGGAUAUUGUGGCCGACGAAGAUGCGACAGUAGUGACAAAUUUAAAAGCUGCCGGUGCUAUACCCAUAUGUACUACAAAUGUACCCGAAUUGAUGAUGUGGUGGCACACCAGGAAUAAAGUUUUUGGACAAUCAUACAAUCCGUACGACAAAUCUAUAGUCACUGGUGGGAGCACUGGCGGUAACGGUGUGCUAAUAUCGUCGGUCGGUUCGGUAUUAGGCAUAGCCUCAGACAUAGGCGGCUCAACUCGAAUUCCCGCAUUUUUUAACGGUGUUUUCGGACACUUUACAACACCCGAAGUGGGAGUAAUGGACGGUCAUUGGCCACCAUUUGUUGCCGAUCGACUUAAAAUGCUUUCAUACGGACCAAUGGUUCGCUACGCCAGUGAUAUUAAACCCGCACUCAAAGUGUUCAUUGGGAAUGAUGUGUCUAAACUAAAAUUAGAUGAAACUGUAGAUCUGAGUAAACUUAAAGUAUAUUACAUGUAUGAAAUACCUGAUCCCGAUAUGACUCCGGUUAGCAACGAGACUCGUCGUACAUUAGACGACUGUUUAAGACAUUUGAAAAGUUUAGGUGCCGUUACUGAAGAACUAAAAUUAGACAAAUUUAAACAUUCAUUUAACAUAUGGUUUGCUUGUAUGAAGACUAAAGGAGUGCCACUUUUCAGUGAAGAGCUAACCAAUCGAAACGGUCGCAUAAACCCUUACAUUGAAAUUAUUAAAUCAAUUUUCGGUGGAUCUAAUCACACCAUUGAAUCAUUAGUUGUGGCCGCUAUUGAAGGUAACACACCAUCAGAUGAAGAGCUACAGAAAUAUCAGAAGAUGGCCGUCGAGUUGACCACAGAAUUGCACCAAAGCUUAGGUGACAAUGGUGUCUUAUUAUGCCCAACCCAUCCGGACAGUUAUGUUAAAACCAAUUCAACAUUACUAUGCUUUAAAAACGUGAUGUAUACCGGAAUAUUCAACUGUUUGCGUGUCUGUGCCACACAAAUACCGUUAGGACUGGGCUCUAAUGGUGUACCACUUGGUAUACAAGUGAUUGCCAAAGGACUCAACGAUCACUUGACUAUCUCUGUCGCCGAAGAAUUUGAACGACGUUUUGGUGGUUGGGUUCCUCCGACUUCUGUUCAUAUAAUGUAAACUUAUGUUAAAAGUUAUUAACCAUUAGGUGAACAAUUUGUUUAUUACACAUUUGAUUAUUGACUAAUCAAAUGCUUAAAAUGCAAUAACUAUAAUAUAAUAUAAAAAAUACUAAAUUUUUU